AUGUCCUCUGCCUCCUCCUCCUCCUCCCCUUUUGAAAAUGGGGUCAUGCUGUACAUGGUCUAUUUAAGCAAGGAGGAACUACAAAGGUUCAAGCAGCUUUUAGUGGAUGAGAACCCCAGACCUGGCUCUGUCCAGAUCACCUGGGACCAGGUGAAGACAGCCAGAUGGGGGGAGGUGGUUCAUCUCUUGAUGGAGUACUUCCCUAGACGACUGGCUUGGGAUGUGACUCGUGACAUCUUUGCCAAGAUGAACCAGACAGAACUGUGUCUUCAGGUACAGAUGGAGCUAAAUGACAUUCUACCCAGACUGGAGCCAGCAGACGCAAACCCAAGAGAAAUGCCAGUGAAUAUGGAGGAAAGAGAAUCUGAUAAAAUACAAGAGUACAAACUGCACAUGAUCGAUGAGUGUUCCACAACAUGUAGCAAGACCACUUGGCCUGGGAACCAUGUAGACUUCUUCUACCAAGAAAUAGAGAGACACAAGAGGUUCUUACCAUGUCUGUUUCUUCCCAGAAGACCUCAAGGGAGACAGCCCAUGACUGUGGUCCUACAGGGAGUUGCUGGGGUUGGAAAAACAACCCUAGCUAAAAAGGUGAUGUUGGAGUGGGCACAAAACAAGUUCUACCCCCAUAAGUUCUGGUGUGCUUUCUACAUCCAUUGCCGGGAAGUGGCCCAGGUGGCCAAGCAGAGCUUCUCGGAGCUGAUUGCCCAUAAGUGGCCAGGGUCAAAAGUUCUCAUGUCCAAGAUUAUGUCCAAACCAGACCAACUUCUGCUCCUCUUUGAUGGCUUUGAGGAGGUAACAUUGACCCUCACAGAUAGACCAACUGACCUGAGUGAGGACUAAAGCCAGAAAUUGCCUGGGUCUAUCCUGCUGACCAGUUUGCUGAGCAAAAGAAUGCUUCCUGAAGCCACUAUACUGAUCACUCUGAGGUUCACGUCUCGGAGGAAACUUAAGCCCUUCCUAAAACCGCCCUCUUUUAUAACCCUUACAGGGUUUGGUAUGCCAAAAAGAGGCAAGUAUUUCAGGACCUAUUUCGGAAACAAGAGGGAAGCUGAUGAAGCCUUGAGUUUCCUCAUGGGAAACACGAUUCUCUUGUCCAUGUGCCAGGUCCCUGUGGUUUGCUGGAUGGUGUGCUCUUGUCUGAGGCAGCAGAUGGAGGCAGAUCUCAGGCAGGUGUAUCCAAAUGCCACGGCUCUAUUCGUCCAGUAUCUGUCUAGCUUAUUUCCCACCAAGGCUGGAGGACUUCCCGGCAACACUCACCAAGAACAGCUGAGAGGUCUGUGUUACUUGGCUGCAGAGGAUAUGUGGAACAUGAAAUGGGUGUUUGACCCAGAAGACCUGGAGCACGCCAAGCUGGAGGAGACCGCCGUUGCCACUUUUCUCCGUGUGAAUAUUUUUCAAAGGGUUGCAGGUGACCAAGACUGUUACACUUUUGCCUUCAUGAGCUUCCAGGAAUUCUUUGCUGCCUUGUGGUACGUCCUCUCCUCCCCGCAAAGACCCAGAAAUUUCCAGGUGUUGGACAGCGUUCACGUGACGCGCCUGAUAGCCUACCCCGGAAGAAAGAAAAGCUAUCUCGCUCCGAUGGGGCUUUUCCUGUUUGGCCUUUUAAAUGAAACGUGCGCUUUAGCCACAGAGAAGUCAUUCCAAGGCAAACUGACCUUCAGUAACAGAAAGAAGUUGUUGAAAGUUGCAGCCCUGUCACAUGAAUUCGGCCCCCCAACCCCACACCACGGCGUCCCACAGCUAUUGUACUGUCUGCAUGAAACCCAGGAGGAAGCAUUUGUGAGCCAGAUCCUAAAUGAUUGUCAGAAAGCUGCUUUGACCAUCAGCGAGGUCAAAGACAUGCAGGUGUCUGCUUUUUGUCUGAAGCACUGUAGACACCUGCGGUGUCUAGAACUGACAAUCACCCUGACCGUCACCCAAGUUUGGAGGCUCAACUGACCAAGCCACCCAGGCUCUGAGCCACCAGAAAGCAGCGAUCAGUGUUUUCUAUGGUGGCGAGACUUCUGCUCCGUGUUUUGGACACACGAGAGUUUGGAGGUCCUGGCUGUGACCAACACUUUUAUGGAGACUGAUUCAGCGAGGCCUCUUCAUGCAGCUCUGAGACACCCUUGGUGUCCACUGCAAAAACUAAUCUUUAGACAUGUGAAUCCCUCCAUGUUGAAUGAAGACUUCUUCCAAGUUUUGAUUGAAAACCGGUAUAUGAGACACUUGGAAAUACAAGGCACAGAAGUGAGAUGUGAGACCACGGAGUUUCUGUGCACAGCCUUGAAGUACCCACAGUGUUAUCUACAGCGUCUCAGCCUGGAAGACUGCUCACUUAGCCCUAAAAGUUGGAUUGAUAUUGCCAGGCAUCUCAGAAGUAACAUACACUCAAAGACACUAAUAUUAGGAAGUAGCUACCUGGAGACAUUUGGUUAAGAUUACCUGUCCAUGGCCCAGCUGGAGAGGCUAUCAUAAAUCUUUCUAUUGGAGAAUUGUGACCUCACGCUGCUUUCUUGUACAAGUCUUAUUUCUUCCCUCAAGAGAAACGAGAACCUGACCCAUCUGAGCUUGGCAGAAAAUGCCUUGAAGGACGAAGGAGCAAAACAGCUUUGCAGUGCCUUACAGCACUCUUUGUGCCCUCUACAGAGGCUGGUGCUGAGAAACUGUAACCUGACCUCCGAGUGCUGUCAGGAAAUGGCCUCUGCUCUGGAUAAAAAUAAAAAUUUGAGAAGCCUGGACCUGGGUUUUAACAGUCUGAAGGACGAUGGUGUUAUCCUGCUCUUUGAGGCCCUCGAGAAUCCUGAGUCUGUCCUCCAGAUUCUGGAGUUGGAAAGGUGCCUAUUCACCUGUGUCUGUUGCCAGGCUAUGGCCUCCAUGCUCCUCCACAACCAGAGCCUGAGAUACCUGGACGUGAGCAAGAAUGACAUCGGGUGCAGGGGCAUACUGCUCCUGCAGGAGGCUUUUCAGCAGCACAAGUGGAAAGCGAGGGCUGUUUUGUAAGUCUCUGUUGGGUUCCCUGUGCAGAAAAACAACAGCCCAAGCAAAGCUCCUGGACAAGAGGGAAACUCUGGACCUAAAAAGCUGUUGCAGCUGUUGCUGAUUUUCCUCUCAUUUCCUGGGGAUUUAUAUUUUCCUGGUGCCUGUUGGGAACAUUGGCCUGCACUCUCCUGUCGGAUUUUAACUUCCUUCUGUCCUUCACCUUCCCUCCUUGUGUUAACUGAGUGAGUCACCACUUACCAGCCAUAUGACUGUGAACAAGUUCCUUUACCUCUCUGAGUCUCAGUUUCCCCAUCUGUGAACUGGGAUGGCGGCUUCCUCCAUGGAGAUGUGACGCCACAGCGUUCUCAGUCAGCGGUGGAUUCUGGGUGGAGGUUGUAAGGGUAUCUGGAGUUUUCAUUAUCCAUUGCUCCGUAACAAAUUACUGCAAAGCUUAAUCCCUUAAGGCAACACACGUUAAUUUUCUUGUAACAUUUCCAAGGGUCAGAACAAUGGGAGUGGUUUGGCUGGGUAGUUCUAGCUCAUGGUCUUCACUGACGGGGUAUGAUGGAGACCUAGAAGAGUGAUUUCUAUGCUCACCCAUGUGGCUGUUGGCAGGAGGCCUCGAUUACUCUCUGUACGGCUGCUCAUGACGAUGCAGCUGGCUUCCUCCAGAACAAGUGAGAGACAGAGAGAGGACACCCAAAAAAAGACCUCAGUCUUUGAUCUCUUCAGUUGAAAGUGGCAUCCAUCAUUCCUGCCCUAUUCUGCUGGUGACACAGACCAACCAUAGCCCAAGAAGGGAGGAGACUCCACCAGAGUGAAAAUAACAGGGCAGAAUCACUGGGCCAUCUGAGGCUGCUGACCACACUUAGUAAGUGGUUGGACGGAGGACCUCGGCCACCAUCCCUGACUCCCCAGAGCCGUAGUCUGGUCUUGGUUUGCAGCAUGGGACCAGAGUGGUCUCCAGGGUGGUGCACUUCUGUCUUCAAGGCUCUGUGUACGUUUCUAGGAACACACACACACACACACACACACGCACACCAAAUGUGAGACAACAAAGCCUGAUUCUUGUCCUUCACAGGGAAACGAAGCAGAACGACACAGCAGAGACAAUGACAAGGCUGGAGGGCCCAGCUGUGAAGAAUGAAGUCCUGAGGAUCAUACAGGACUGGAGCAUUGAGUACUGGGAGGAGGCAAGAUGGAUGGAGUGGUCUGGUGAGCCCACCCUGGGUAUUUUUUUCCUAGAGAAAACCUGGGGAAUUUUGGCCUAUUCUGUGGGCCAUUCUGAGUCUGGAAUGGCCCAAUUGUUUCUGGAAAAUGGUGUGGGGCAUGACCUCUAAACAGCUCCCUUGGAGAUGUUGACGUUCAUGUGUUAGACAUGGAUUAGUCACUGAGUUGGGGAAACCAGCCCUCUUCCACCCCUGGCUUCUGGAAGUCCUUGAAUUUGUCAUGUUAAUAUUGUCUCUGGGAAGUAUCUGAAUUGCCUAUGAGGAUAUCAGAAGAAUUUAAUUAAAAAUGUAUACAUAAAUGCAAUGUGAAA